AUGAAUGAGAAAUCCGCAAAUUCUGGUUACAGAGAUCCCAGUUGCAGAGAGACCGAAGGGUUAUCUGAUUACAACGGGGCAAAAGACCGAAUAACGGAAUAUGGCCUUGAUGCACCGGCAGCUCGGUGGUUAAAUUGGUUAGAACGAAACAACAUCGAAACUUGCCCCAAAAUUGGUUCAUUGUGCGCUAAGUUCGUUGCCUGGAUUCGUCUCAACGAGCAAUUUCUAAUCGAUGACAAAUCAGGAUAUAAUACCCCACCAAUGUAUGGUGACUAUGAAGCGCAAAGACAUUGGAUGGAGAUAACGUUACAUAUUCCAAUAAGUCAAUGGUAUUACUAUGAUCUAGAAUGGUGGGGUCUUGAUUAUCCUCCACUGACGGCAUAUGUUAGCUGGAUAUGCGCGACAUUUGGGAUAAUCUUCUUUCCAUUCCUGGAUUCAUUCGAGCACAUAUCUCAAGUGGUCCUGCGCAUGUUUCCAUUACAACGUGGAUUAUACGAAGACAAAGUUUCCAAUAUUUGGUGUGCGGUGAACGUUGUCAUCAAGUUGCGGGAGACGUUUGAGAUUCAAUCUUUAACAUGGAUAAGCCUUGUGACCACGUUGUUGGCGGUUUUACCUUCGUGCCUGCACCUUGGUUCAUCAUCCAAUAAACGUGGUCUUAUUUAUGGAUUGGCCAACUCGUCGCUGGCAUUUUUUAUGUUCUCCUUCCAAGUACAUGAAAAAUCCAUAUUGCUACCCGCCUUGCCCAUCACCCUCUUGAUCUUGAAUGAGCCAUUCUGGGGCUGCAACACCAACAACUUCCCGUUAGAACUGUCGGAAGUGGAAAUCCAGAUCACGGAGACCGACUACAAUCCUCAGUUCCUGCAAAACAUGCUUCCAAAAUUAGAUUGGAGUGCCUUGGUGAAGACCGCUAGGAAGAUUGGCAUCACCUCGAUCCCUGAAGUAUUGCCGGAAGCCUUAACCGAGGAUCUCGACGAGGGUUUCCUCAGGAAUCUUCAUAGAGCAUUAUUGGAGACUCACGUUCAACAGGGAAAGAUGGUGUGCCCCAACUGCAAACACGUUUAUUCGAUUAGGGACGGCAUACCAAACAUGUUACUAAGCGAAACCUAG